GUAUUGUUCUCUGUGGCUGGAGGACAGCAGGUAUAUGUUACCUUUCUGUAUCCCUUCACAAUGUAUCACUGCACUGGAUGAGAAUUGCAGGGCUGUGUGGCAGUAGGAGGCACCUCCCAGUUCAAUCCAUCAAUAAUCUGAUGCUCGUGUCUGACUACGGCCCCUGAGAUGCUGGGAUUUCCGAUCUAUGUUGUCCUACUUCUGUCCUACAUGAAACCGUCCUUCUGUCAGACCGACUGCUCCGACGUUGUGUGCGAGCCGACGGUGAACUGUAUUGAUGAGGUGUUGGAGGAGGGCUCCUGUUGCCCGGUGUGCGCCCAGCUCGGAUGCACCUGCGAAGGGUACCAGUACUACGACUGCGUGAAUGUUGGAUUUAAAGACGGGAAAGUUCCCGAAGGCGAAUCCUACUUUGUCGACUUCGGUAGUACAGAGUGCUCAUGUGCUAUGGGGGGAGGAAGGAUCAGCUGCGACUUUAUCCCAUGUCCCGAAUUACCGCCCAACUGCAUUGACGUCAUCCAGCCCGCGGACGCCUGCAUCCAGUGCGGGAGGAUCGGCUGCGUCCAUGGGAGUGAGAAGUACGAAGCGGGGCACACCUUUCACAUGUCACAAUGCAAGUUCUGCCACUGCCCCAAUACCGGGGGUGACUUAAUGUGCUACGCUGUACCUCAAUGCGACACGGAUGCCAACAGUACCACUCAUCUUAUGGACACGACCGAGAGUGACCCAGAGAGACAAUAUGACUAUCCCUAUAGCCACGAGCAGGACCCCCUGGACUCCACAAGCCAUGAAGUUUAUGAAAAAAAUAACAAUUUCAAAAGGAACGCCAUGCAGGACCAUUCCAUGUUGGAUUAUAAUGAUAAGGUAGAUGAUGACUCUUUGUCUACAACCAUGCACCCAACCAAGUUGGUUCAAUCGACAAAUUCCCAUUCUACAAUGCCCUUCACCUCCCAACCACCUACACUUGGGGUAUCUACAGAUAAUACCUACAUCACCGAGAACAGUAGCACUAUGUCACUAGCAACAUCCAAGAAAGCUCAUGCUGAUGACUUCAUGGAGACCACAACACAACCAACUCAACAAGACCUUGUCGAGCAGAACAGUCCAACUCCACCAACACCGUCAAAGCCAACUGAUCCAAACAAGGUCUCAACUAUGGGAAAGGGCCUUGAGAAGGAAGAGACUCCAAAAUUUGGUCUACAAGUAGCUAACGCUGAGUACACCUUUCCAACAGUCCAUAGAGCUGGUCUCCCAGAAGAGGAAAAGGAAGCAAGUACCUUCUCACAGGCAGUAAAGGCGACCACAGCAGCUGGUCAUUUCAGCCCGAGUCCCUCCGCAGAGCCUCAAGUUCUGUUCCCUGUUCUGCUGGCAGAGGGCAGAGUUCCACAGAACAAUUUAAAUCAUUCAAGGUCACAUGAUGGGUCAGCUAAGGAGAUGGUAGAGACCUGCUGUGCGGCCGGCCAGCAGUGGUCUAUUGACCAUGGAGAAUGUGAGAAGAUGCCGUUCAGUGCUGAUGACGACUGCCGCUUGGCAGAGAAGCAAUGCUGCAUCUCUUACGUGCGGGAGAAUACCUGUAUCGCUGGGAUGAUUGCGGCUAAAGAGGACGGAAUCUGCCUGCCGACGGAGCAUGAGAACUGCGAGAGGUCGCACUUCAAGCUGUGCUGCAACUGCUGCUCUCUAGGCCUGAAGAUUAGGAAUGAGGGUCACUCCUGUGAGUCCAACCUAAACCUGGGCUACCCCUGUAACCAUAUGAUAAUCCUGUGCUGCAACGGAGAAGAGCAACUUCUCCCGCCCGAAGUUAAAGUCUUGUCUAAGACAGAAGCGACUCCAAAGCCUGAUAAAGAUGUCGAUGAAUGUGCCCUAAACACACACACCUGUGUACCUGGAGAACGCUGCAUUAACACUGCGCAGUCAUUCGUGUGUAUCCCGGAGGUCAUAUGUGAGACCGGCUUUCUGUUAGAGGACGGAGUUUGUCAAGAUAUAAAUGAAUGUGCCUCGGUUCCGGCCCCCUGCAAGCAGGGCUUCACCUGCGUAAACACCCUGGGGUCCUACGUCUGCCAGAGAAAACACUUGAAUUGUAACAAAGGAUAUAAAGCAAACGACAACGGGACAAUGUGCAUUGAUAUCGAUGAAUGCAGCAACACGGCGCAUAACUGCUCUGCGGAACAAUCCUGUUAUAAUCUCCCGGGGACCUACCGCUGUGACUGUAAGGCCGGGUAUCGUUACGACACGUUCAGGAGGAAAUGCAUGGACAUAAAUGAGUGCUGGCUGUAUCCGGGACGCUUGUGCCACCACACCUGUGACAAUACGGUGGGGUCAUACCGGUGCGCGUGCUUUGCUGGGUUUCAGUUAGCGGAGGAUGGGAAACGCUGUGAAGACGUGAACGAGUGUGAGCAGAACCCGUGUAACCAGGAGUGCAGCAACAUCUACGGGUCCUAUCAGUGCUACUGUAAGCCGGGCUACAAGCUGGGCGAUGACGGCAUCACGUGUGAAGAUAUUGAUGAAUGUAUUCAGAGCAUUGGAAGCAUUUGUGUUUUCGCCUGCAUUAACACCCCCGGGAGUUACCAGUGUGCCUGCCCGGAACACGGGUACACGAUGUCAGCAAACGGCCUCACCUGCAAAGACAUUGACGAAUGUGAAAUCGGGACACACAACUGUUCAUCGUCGGAGGAGUGCUACAAUAUCCAGGGAAGCUACAAGUGCCUGGCCUUCGACUGCCCGGAAAAUUACAGAAGAGUUUCAAACAUGAAAUGUGAGCGGAACACCUGCUCCAAUUACCUGGACUGUCAGAACACGCCUACGCGAAUCUCCUACCACCGGCUCACUUUCCCGACCGGCGUGGUGGUGCCGGCACAGAUAUUCCGGAUCGCCCCAUCUCCGGCGUAUGCCGGGGAUAAUAUCAUCAUGGACAUCAAGAAGGGAAAUGAGGAAAAUUAUUUCAGCGCCAGGAAAUUCAACCCCUACACCGGGAUCCUCUACCUGCAGAGGCCCGUGCGGAAGCCCAAAGAUUUCCUGCUGGACGUGGAGAUGAAACUGUUCCGUCAGGGAAUGGUGACAAGUUUCCUCUCCAGAAUCUACAUAUUUAUCACUGCGGCGCCCAUGUCUUAAUAUUUACAUUGUGCUACUUAACGUAUAAUAAGGGGGCAGGCGGUGAAUACAGGGACGCACAUUUAUGUACGUUAUAUACUAAGUAUAGGUUAUGUAACAUCUCGCUAUCUGUGUACAAUAUAUACUAAGAAUACAGGUCAUAUAACAUCUCAGUAUCUGUGUAUAUACAGGUUAGUCAUGAGAGUAGGCGGGGGCGGUGGGGGGUGGGACGGAUUCAGGUCUGAAAAACACAUGGACCAAAAAAUGUCUUACUCAGGUGCUAGUUUAUGUUCAGGUCACAUGACCGACAGCGGCCUCCCAACAUCGGAGGAGGUAAGUAUUGUCCAGGCGCUGUUCUCCUGAGUGGUGUCGUGUCAGGAUUCUGGUGUCGGUCACAUGACCGCCGGGAUGCCGAACACAUUCCAAUUUACACUACAAAAAAAACAGCAAACAAAUUCCCCCAGCACACUGCAAAUAAUCUAGUCUACAUUAACCACUCCCUCUCAUGCACCUUUGAUGGAACUAUAAAUUGAUCUGAGCAACUUCCAUUCUAUGUAUCUUUGUCCUGUGGUGCAUGGAUGGGGUUAAUAGUCGGAGAGUCUACUGAUCCCUGUAGCGCCAUGUUGGGGGUUCUUGGGGGGCCUCCAGGUGAGUUGGCUUUCAAUUUAGAAAAAUAUAAAUAUACAGUAUGACCCAAAGUGAGUGCUGUUAUCAUUUAGUGUAGGACCGCCAGAGCAGAGACGUCUUUCCAUGACUGAUGGCUUACCGUAUGUUUUCAAAUGCAUGUAACUGAGAUCUCUGUAUUACUAUUAUCAUGUAGGAUGUAAAUCUCAUUAUGUUGGCCUAUUUGCAGUGUGCUGGGGGAAUUUUUCAUCCUAUCAAUGCUCAUUUAGUGUAGAACUGCCAGAGCAGAGAUGUCUUAUACUCCCCCCCUUUCACACUGCCAAUGCAGAAUCCCACCUGGGAAUUGGAAACGGGUCCUUCCCGGGUGGGAUCCAGCAUUGACCGCUGCAGGCUUCCCUGACCCAGCAAUAUGCCGGGCGGGUUGCCAUAGCAGUGGGCGGCGGGGGGCGGAGGCGGCGCUGGGAGAUGAGAUCAUCUCUGCGCCACCUCUUCCUGCUGUAGUAAAUGGGUCCCGGGACGCGUCGACCCGGGAGCCCGUUUACGCAACCACUGACCCGGUAUUCAACCCGGGUAUAAUACUGCUUUAUUCCCGGGUUGAAUUGCCAGGUCAGGAGACCCGGGAUUUCGGCUAUGCCCCUUUCAAUAUGCCGGGUCGAUACAGGGUUAUUUGUGCGGUGUGAAAGGGGUAUUACCGUGACUGAUGGCUUACUGUAUGUUUUCAAAUGUAUGUAACCAAGAUCUCUGUAUUACUAUUAUCAAGUAGGAUGUAAAUCUCAUAUAGUUGGCCUAUUUGCAGUGUGCUGGGGGAAUUUUUCAUCCUAUCAAUGCUCUAGGGCCAAGUGACAUCACCAAAGUAUGAGGUACUCUGCGUGUCAGUGAUGCCACUCUCAGGAAUAUUGGUUCAGCCCAGGAAACACACCAUACAUAAAUAAAGUGAAACUCAGGCUUCUUGUUAUUAAUUUUAUAUUUUUAUAUUAAAGUUAAAUACAUUUAAAAAAAAAGACCAGAUAUUACACAUUACAAACACGCUUUUUUUUUUACUCACUCCUAUGUUUGGACGUAUCCCCUCCCAUGUUACACUCCCAUGUUAUUAGGACUUGUCUCGUUUCCUGUGUUAGAUCUGAAGGAUCAGGUUCAAUUUCAUUUAGCUGGAGAAACGUUAUCUUAUAGUAACUCUGCUACUGUACGUGGAAUAACAACUGCAUGUUACACAUCUGUGGUAUGAUUUAUUUAUUUUGUUUUAAUUUAUGUAAAUGGCUGUAACAUUGUUUAAUCCCACAAUAAAAAUUUCCUAAUCAAAUGAAA